UGCUCCGUCCUUCAGUCCGUCACACGGACCACACACGUGAAGCCAGCAUCAAACCAGAGGUUCGUGUACACGUUUCUAGAGAAGCAAACGGAUCCACCAAAAGGAAAGAAGACGUUGUUGUCGCUUUAUUUCAGCUUCAAAUUCAACAGUGGACCAAGUUGCGAGAGCGAACUGAACGGAAUAAAAGGAUUGGGAUAAAAACAAAAUGCUUUACGGAGUGCUUCAACGCCAGCUAGUCUUGCUAUUGGCCGCUGCCCUGGCAACGGCCCUGGAUACUUCGCCCAACCUGGCCAGCGAGAGGAGUUCGAUAGAAAGCACGUACGAGCUGACCAAAUACCUGGAGUACCAGCUCAAGGAAAUCAAAGACAUAUAUCUGACCUACCUGGGCCCUCCAUUCAACGAGAAGGACUUCUCCCCUCCUCGGCCCAACAGUACCGCUCUGUCCCUGCCCAGCGCCGCCACCCGCCUGGAGCUGUGGCACGGCCUGGAGAACCAAGCUCGGCUCGCCCAGAACCAGAGGGCCUACUCCGUCCUGCUGGCGGCGGUCAGGGAGUUGGCCCGCUCCACCCUCUGCCCCUCCCUCAAGACCUCCCUGCUGCACUUUUGCACAGGCUUGGAUGGGCUGCUGGGCUCCAUAUCUGCACUGAUGACCACCCUUGGUUACGCGCUUCCUCCUCCCUCUGCCAACGUGGGGAGUAACGCCGGUGAGCUGCAGUACCCUCUGAGGGGCCCAGGGGGCGACCGACCCGCUCCGCUGAUGACCCAGAGCCUUUACAGGUCACGGGCCGGGACGAGGGCGGCGUCCGGUCAGCGCAACAACCAGAAACGGAGCGGAAAGACCUCGGCCAGAGGAGAGAGGGAGGACGUCACCGUAGAAAUGGUGGAAAAGAGAAGAGGGAGGGAGGAGAGGAGAGCGGACGCGACCGCAGCCGGGGGAGGGAGUGGCGGAUUGAGGGAGAAGGGAAGAGGAGAAAGAGGCAGGAGGGGGAGGAGGGAGGAGCCGGAGCGCGGGAAAGGGCCCGCCGGCGAAGAGGAGAGAGGAGGGGAGCAGCAGGAGGACGAGCAGCUGGAGGGAGAGGCGAGCGAGGUGGGAUGGAGGAGGAGGAGGCUGUUGAGCGUCGACGAGGAUGGAGAGGAGAAGGAGACGCAGCCCGACCCGUGGGUAGAAGCGUCGUACCCGGGUGCGGGCGCCUCCACCUUCCUUCAACUGCCGAGCAUCCGCACCGACAACAAUCAAUACAGCUACAAUCUGAACUCUCGUCACACGGGAACACUGAGAGAAGGAGGCGGAUUUAUUGUGGGGGCGGGGCGCACAGGCUUGAGGGGGGUGGAGGAGGAGGAGGAGAAGCAAACAGACACGGAGGCCCCUUACUCCACUUUCCAUCACCAGCGUCGGCCUCCUCGCUCCCUCCACUCUCCCACCCUCCAGCCUCCGCUGUCCACGCUGUCCUUACUCUACCAGUUCGGGGCGGGAGAGGAGCACACCCUCCUCUCCCGCCCGGUUCCCCUGUCUUUGCAAAGGGGAACCUCCCUCCUUUCGCCUCCUCUGCCUCCGCUCCUCGCCUCCUCCUCUUCCUCCGCCUCCUCGCUGCUGUCGGUGCGGCCGACCAUGAACGACUUCGCCAGGAAGGUGGAGGGUUUUUGGAUAUUGAGGGAGCUUCAGACUUGGCUGUGGCGCUCGGCGAAGGACUUUAACCGCCUCAAGAAGAGACUCAGAGGCUGAGACGCAGUUCAUCAGAGAAUCUACUGUUUGCACAAAAUGAGAGUGAACAAUUUGAGAGAGCUCGACAGACAAAAGCACAUUAACGCAUUGACUCAUGCCGUGUACUGGAAGAAGGAGUACUGAUGGAAUAUAGAGCCAACACAUGACCAGCAGCUCAUUGAGCGAGACACAAUGAGACCGGGCUGAGUUACCGGACUUCACGGCUCAUAGAUCAACAGAAAUACCACCGUAGUUGGUUACACACACACACACACACACACACACACACACACACUGCACACAGGGGGGGCGAGUGACAGGCAGAGAGGCAAACAGUGCAGCCAUUGAGUUAGAGCCGGUUCAGUGACCUCCAGAUGUGUGAAUCAACGUUCAGGAAAACUUCUGGACGGGUGGAAGACAAAAGGAGAGGAGGAAAUGGCCCGAAAGGGAUGAAGAGGUGGAGAGGAAGAGGGAGACGGGAGGAGGCGAUGUGUCAGGGGGUCUUCUGGUCAGUUACAGUAACCCGACAACAGCGCUACACAUACUGUGCAGACACACACACAUACACACACUUAUUGAGGCAUUUGGCGCCACAACCGUUCGCUUCUUUGCUGCUUUUGUUUCAGUGCUCACACAUUUCUGCCAAUUAUGUAUUGAUUUCACUCCCGACACACAUGGUUAGCUUGAAAUGUUUCAGAAUAGAAUUACUUUCCCAAACGGUACCACAGUUUUGUGUUUUCUGUAACCACUUCUCCACUUGGUAUUAAAUGACUGUAUUAUAAUAUAAAGACUGGAAACAGGGGGCGCACUAGCCAGAAAGAACCCACCUUGAGCACCUUUAAACUAAUCAAAGUAAAGUCUUGUUUGUUUAGUCCAGACCACAAACCAAAGGGUAAAAUUGGCAAGUUGCAGUCAUAGUCAACAAUACUAUCUGGUAAAGAAACGAUCCAGCAUAUGAACAGUAAGAAUACAUUUUCUAACUAAUCCAUUUAGUAACUUCACACCCCUAAACAGAAAACAUUUGACACAUUUAUGGGAAUCUUUUGUGCGUUUUGACACAUGAAAUCAGACACUUUUUCCUUUGACUUGAUUUAUUUUUCCGAAUGAAUCCAUUGUUAUGUCUCCACAAUGUGCCUCGGCUGACAUGGCUAAAGGUUAUGGAUCAUAUCUCUGUAAUAUUUAUUGAACGAGAUGUUUAUUUAUUUUUCUCCGUGGUGUGAAUAUACUGUAAUGUAACUCAAGAGAGAAUAAAUACGAGCUUUUGU